AUGGCCAAUUCCUCUUCUGUUACUGAGUUCAUACUUCUGGGGUUCUCCAGUCUUGGAGAAUUGCAGCUUGUCCUCUUUGUGAUCUUUCUUUGCCUCUAUUUGAUAAUCCUGAGUGGAAACGUCACUAUCAUUUCAGUCAUCCGCUUAGACCGCAGUCUCCACACACCCAUGUAUUUCUUUCUGUGUGUCCUCUCUACCUCUGAGACCUUCUACACAAUUGUCAUCCUGCCCAAGAUGCUCAUCAAUCUGCUUUCUGUCCUCAGGACACUCUCCUUCAUCUCUUGUGCCACUCAGAUGUUCUUCUUCCUUGGUUUUGCUGUUACCAACUGCCUGCUCCUGGGGGUAAUGGGUUAUGAUCGCUAUGCUGCCAUCUGCCAGCCUUUGCACUACCCCAUUCUCAUGAACUGGAGGGUAUGUGGGCUCCUGGCAGCAAGUUGCAUUGUCAGUGGCUUCCUAAUUUCUCUUGUGGGAACGACUUUGGUCUUUAGUCUUCCAUUCUGUGGCUCCAACAAAGUCAACCACUACUUCUGUGACAUCUCACCCGUCAUCCGUCUUGCCUGUGCUGAUACCUACAUCAAUGAACUGAUCAUCUUCAUCUGUGGCGUCUUAGUGCUUGUUAUACCCUGGAUCUUCGUUUGCGUCUCUUACGGUUUUAUUGUCCGGACUAUCCUGAAGAUUCCAUCAACUGAAGGCAAGCGUAAAGCCUUCUCCACCUGCGCCUCCCAUCUCAUUGUCGUCAUUGUCCACUAUGGCUGUGCUUCUUUUGUCUACCUGAGACCUUCAACCAAAUAUUCAUCAGGCAAAGACAGGCUGGUAACAGUGACCUACACUGUCAUCACCCCACUGUUGAACCCCAUGGUAUACAGCCUCAGGAAUAAAGAUGUUCAGGUGGCUAUUCGGAAAAUGAUUGAGAAGACAGGGAUUUCUCCUAAGAUUCUAUAA